AAUUCCAGUUAUUUCCAGCCUCCAUUGAGGCAGGUGCUACUGUUCCCCUGUAGAGGAUUUUUAGAGGGCUAUUUUAUGUUGAUUGCUCACUACCCUUUGCCACUGAUUCCAGUGCUAUUGUUCCCUCUUCAGUUCUCAGGUACUCCCAGAAGUUGUUACCAGACUUUUCUCUCCCUUGUGACUCUUCUCAGACUGAACUCCAUCUUCUUUAUCUUUUGGUGCCCCUGCAAGACCUAGCACAGUACCUGAAGAAUAAUAAUCACAAUGGACUCUCAUUUCUCAAGGAUUCUUUACAGUUUACAAAGAUUGGCAAAGCAGUUUAUUUACAAAAGUCCUAUGAGGAAGUAGAAAAUCAUCUCCCAGAACAAUGAGUGCCACCGAUAAAGAAAACUCAUCUGAUCUUCCUGAACUAGUAGCUACAGAAAAGAUGGAAGAGUCAGAUAGAAUAAAGAAGACUCCAGAUACUGGAGAGAUAAUCUGGGACGAUUCACUCGUCCUUCAGCUCCCAGACUUGUUUUCAUCAGCUGACACUUUGAUAAAGAAAAAUGAAAAAUCCUCUAACUUAAGGAUACAUGAUAUUACUGUUAAAGAAGCAAAGAACUAUCUUCUUCGAAUCUUAAACAUCAUAUCAAUAGAUACACUAGGUAGUCAAGCAGCAGCGUAUACUCAGCCUAUUGUCUUAGAGAGGAGAAAAAUUCAGGACCCCAAAAGAAUGAUUAAAAUCCUCCACCAGAGCUUAUUAACACGCUCCAGAUCAAUAACAUCAAAAGAGAAGUUGGUUGUACCUUCCAAAGUAUUUUCCCAGUAUUCAAGAAUCCCUGAGCCAUUGCACACUUAUCCUUAUGAGCUUCUGGUCCAGAAAUGUCUCCCUCUUAUGCUACCAUUCGUGAUAAGAGAUAAUAUUCUUAAUGAGAAGAUUUUAUGUAGGUUAGUUCUUUUUAAUGUUGCCCCUCCCAAAGCAAAAGUCUUUGCACCACAAACAAAGAGGCCAAAAUUCUCUCGGAAAUUGCUCCAGCCAGAAAAACAAUUCAUGGAUCUAAGAGACCUUCAAUGGAAAUAUUAUAAGGGUAUUUUGAAGUGGAAUCAAAAAUUACCAUUGAUAUUCAAGGAGAUACCUCCUAUUCUUGAAAAAAGAUUUGUAUCAGAAAUGAUCUCAUCAGAUUAUCAACCCACCUUUAUUUUCCCGCAUGAAAAAAUCAUUGUAACUGAUACACCAUAAAGAGUGGGUUGUUUGCAUUAAGUAGAACCUUCCAUUAAAUAAAACUGUGCAUCCAUGGU